GGGCGGCGCACAGGCAGGUCAGGCUGUCAUUGUGGCUUGACGUGACGCUGGCGCAUCAAUAGUGACGACUUUGCAGCUGUUUGCUGCUCUGGCAGCCCGCCCAUUCGCUGAAGCUACGUCUGUGGACACUCACCAGUCCAGUUUGGUCACCACGAUUUAGCUCAUUGCGUCUGGCACCACGCCCGCCUGCCAAUACGAGCCUGCUUCCAGCAGCAUGGUUCCUCUAUCUCAGAGCGUUCGCGCCGUUCGUGGUCCCUAACUUUUUUUCUCAACAGACUCAGCAUGUUGUCGGUCUUAGCCCCGUGGCUCUUUUCCUUCUUGCCUCGCUGCCAUGGGGGCCUCGCAAUCGUCAUCUGCGGCAGUUUACUCUGGCGCGCAGUUUGUUAGCGGCGGUGUGCCAAUCUUUCGCUCGUACCAGCCUUGCCAUGUCUUUGGCGACGCCAGUCUCUACAGCAUCGGCACGCGGAUCGGCUUCUACCUCCAGUACUCGGCGGCCGUUCUGUCUAUUCUGUUCCUCCAUGGUCAGGACUUGAAGGCAUGGUUUGUUUGCCACUUACCGCUGGCCGCGGCCAGCUUCGUUGUACUCGUAAUCCACGCGGGUACCGGCAACGGGUUGGUCGUUAUAGACUGGGCCGUCAUGUUCGGUCUGGUGCUGUGGUCCAUUCUAUUUUUGACCAGGCCUAUCUUCGUCUGGAGCCGCAUCGGCCUUGCCUCUGGCAUUUCCAAGGAUGCGACGCAGCUGCAACAGGAACUGACCAGCGAGGGCGGCAGGAUGGUCAGUGACCAGGAAGCGGAGUGGAACUUGCGGUACAUCGCUGUACUGAAAGUUAUUGGGACGAGGGAAGAGAUCCAAGACGAGCACCGGAACAGCCAGAAUGGCGAUUCCAGGCUCGUGCGAGACGAGUUGGCGAGGGCGUUACAGCAGUAUGUGGACGCUUUUGCCCCAGCUCGUGGAUCCCCCGCUGCCGCCGACGCUGCAAGUUACAUUGCAACUCUGUACGAGAGCGGGCGGCGGAUCAACGAUAUCGUGGCCAGAAUGAUGAUCGACAACCGACAAGUCGCCGCUUUUCGUGACGCACAUGCUGAGGCUCUCCGACAAGCCAACAUCCCCUUUAACCAGGCGCAAGCGACAACACAAACCCUGGCGCGGAUGGCGAAGGAGGAUCUGAGAUCCAGAGAGACCGGGCCUGUUUCACGCUCAGCGUGGGGAAUGGUCAAGGAACUUGGGGCCUGGACUGGUACUACAGGGGCGGUAGGAUGCGGCCUGGGCUUGAUCCUCUACGCGGGUUACCUGACAUUUAUGGUCUGGCUUGUCUUCCGAGGAAUAGACCACGGGGCCAAGAGUGGAUGUGAUAUCCAGAUCAUCCUUCUUGUCGUCCCGGUCAGCGUCUACAACCCUGCAGCCAUCACGGCAUUGCGUGUCCUGGCCUGCAUCUGCUUCGCCGUAAUGGGUGUGCCGGCUCUACUCGCGGGAACCGCUAUCAUCGCUGUUGCACUUCACCAGUGGUGGCUCGGGAUAUCGCCGCAAGGUGAAAGAGGAGCGGGGGCGAGAAAGGACGUCUUAGGUUUCGUGGGCAUACCGUACGACUUUGGGAAGGGAGAAGGAUAUACCCAAGAAGCCGCCACACACUUGACGGGCAUGCUUCGUCACGCGCACUCGGCCAGCAUCCCCCGUGCCUCGAGGGCUAGUGACCUGGUAUCGGAUGCCUCGCUUCACCGUCAGCCGUCGACGUCGUUUGCGCUUGACCCGAGAGGUAGCGACUUUUACUUCGACCCCACGUUCAAAGAAACAGCCGCCUCCGAUGCCGAGGUUGGAAUACGUGGAGGUCUAGCGAGUAGCAGCAGCAUCUCAGGACUGAGUGGAAUGUGGAAGCUUCUGCUGUCAAAGCGAUUGCUCUGGGAGCCCUUGGCAUUUGUUGUGGCAGUCAUCCACACCAUUGUGGUGGUCGAGAUGACGAUCCGCGUCAACAAGCUUGACAUGCGCCAACCACCGAUGACGUCGAUGGGUGAGCUGGUGGCCUUCUUCCUGGGCGUGUUCCUUUUUGUCAGAGUCGCUGCGAAAUGUUUGCUUGCAGGGUCAAAUCGGCUGCGAGGUCGACAGGCCGCUGCUUGGUUCGACGACAGAUGGAAGAUUCUUUCCGACCCGCCAAAUCGUUGGCAAGACCGGUCUGAUGUCGAUGCUGCGGCGAGGGGCGGUAGUAGCGCUGCGCUGAGAACAUUCUCAAGGCAUAUACGGGAGAGCAGCAUUCAACACAGGAUCUAUCUCCAGCCCGAGGGUAGGAGCGUGAGCAGCAUGGGAAAGUUCAAGGAGCUUAUGAGUGAUGCAUGAGACGCCUAGAACACCCCAUCCUGGUUUCGUUGG